CUUGAUAGAAAAUUUCAAAUAUAAUCAAAAUUAGCUAUAUUUAGUGAUUAAAAAAGUAGAAAAGAAAGAGAUUUACAAAUAACUUAUUCUGCAUAACCCUUAUUGAUUAUGAAGAUAGAUAUAACUAAAGAUUUUAUAAGAGAUGCUAGCGCUCAUUAAACAAAUAAAUAUUAGAAUUAAAUGAAGGAUGAUGAGAUUAGCGUGGCAUUCAACAUAUUUACAAAUGAUAUUGUCUUGAAUAUAGAAAAAGUAUUUCAAACUCUGAAGCAAAAUGAAGAAAAAUAUUUAACUUCUUCUUCUUUUGAAAAAGAUGCCUUGACAGAAUAAGAAAAAGAUGAUUUAGAUAAAAUAGUAAAAGAAUCUAUAGUUACUUUAAAUGGAUCUGUGUCUAGUUUAAACAAAAAUUUAAAAGAGUAAAAAGGAUUUUUAAAGUCAAGAACAACUAAUGAGUAUGCUCACAAAGAAGUUGUCAUCUCUUGUCUUUCUAAGAGAUUAAAAGAUUUAGCUUAAUUCUUUAGCAAAUUUUAAAAAUAUCGUCUUGAUUAGAAAGAGAAACUUUAAAAACUACUAAAUUAAGAAUAAACUAAGUAAAAAAUGUUUAGAAUGAGACCUAAAAGAGAAGAUUUAGAGAAAAAUUCAGAAAAUAAUAAAGAAAAUCACGGAGUAUCAGAACUAGAAUAAGACAAUUAAUUUUUACUUUCUAAAUAUCAUGAUGACGAAUAAAAAAGACAAAAUAUUUUAAAUAACAUUUAAGAAAUAGGUGCUAUGUUAGAUAAUCUUUCUAAAGAAGUUGAAGAAUAAAAAGAAACUACAUAAUAAAUAUUAUAAAAUGCUGAGGACACUUUAAAAUUAAGUGAGCAAGCAAACGUAGGUUUAAGAAAAGCAGUAGAGUAUAGUAAAGAUGUUGGAAAAGCUUGGAGUAUCCUCUUUUUUGGCUUAGGAGUCUUUUUAUUAUUUUAUGACUUCAUUAAAAGCUGAUUUUACUAUUAAAAUGAAAAUAUUAAUUAAUUUAAGUUAUUUAUUGAGUUUGAUUUCUAAAUAUAAACUCUUCUUUGUUCUAGAUAACAAAUUUUAGUUAUUAAAUGCAGUAAAUAAUAAAUAAAUAAGUCUAGAUAAAUUUAUUUGUUUGUUAUAAAAAAUUUAUAUUGAAAAUGGAUUAAUGAUAUUGUUUUGAUAUAUCUUUAUAUUCUUCGUUUAAAGCUAACACUCUGAGAUUAUUCUUAGAUUAUUC